UAUCUGGCGUGUGCAGCAUGAAGACCUCUAAGUUAAUUCCACAACUAUAAAUUCUACCGAUCUUCAGCACUAGGAUUCAAUUCGCAAAACCACAGUACUCCAUUCGCGGCAUUUCGUCGAACAGUGUGUGAUUCAUGGCAAUUGUGAGCUCCUUGAAGCGAUCGAGAGAUCAGGAAGAGGUCGAAGGCGCGGAGCUGCUGCUGAUGCUUUCCUUGUCCGGCGGCGUGAAGCUUAGGGCGGCGCACGCGCAGGCUGAGGAGAAAGGCGAGUUCGAGUGCAAGACGUGUAGCCGGCGGUUCGCUACGUUUCAGGCGCUGGGCGGGCACCGGACGAGCCACAAGAGGGCAAGGGUGGAGCGGCCGGAGGCGGCGAAGGAGAGCAGUAGCUUGCACCGGUGCGGCGUGUGCGGGGUGGAGUUCGCGUUGGGGCAGGCGUUGGGAGGUCAUAUGAGGCGGCACAGGGUCAUGGCGGCUGCGGCGGAGAAAGAUCGGCCGGUCGGCGAGUACGGACGCCGCCACGAGGAGAACAAGACGAACGCCGGUUGCAUCGAGUUCGAUGAGUUGGUGGGAAUGCGGCGGAGUAGCUCUCAGUUCCAGCUGCUGCCAUUGUUCGUCUAGUGAUUGAGGGGAUCAUUGCGUUUGCGUUGCGGAUUUGUUGAUUCUUUCAUUGAUUGGUUGCUGUGUAAACAUAAUAUACAUUUCCUUUUUGGCUUUCAUGUACAUACUUGGAUUUAGAUUUUUCAUUUUAUAGAAUUAUGGAUUUGUUCUGAGAGGUUCA